GUGAGCACUCUUGCCGUCCCCUCCGUCUUUGUGAGACCGUGUGACUUUGUUACCUCUGACAGCACAUUACCAACUGGGCGUCCCACGGGCCACGAGUCUACCGCCAUGAAUCCACCAGCAGCACUUCUCUGGCGUCACUUAAGAGUCUUCCAGAUAUGGGGCUCCAACACAGAUGUCGGCAAGACGAUCUUUGCAACGACGUUGUGCAAAGCGGCGGCCGAACAUUACAGCCACGAGAAAGUCGCAUUCCUGAAGCCCGUGUCAACAGGAGCGCCUCAUGAGGCCGAUAGCUGGCAUAUGCGAACUUAUGCUCCAGACAUCGCAAAUGAUACAUUGUUCCAGUACGAGGUUGCAUGCAGCCCGCAUGCUGCAGCAAAGCUAUCGGGACAGGCAAUCCCAUUAGACAGCGCUGUCCUCGCCGAGAUCCGAAGCCACGCCGCUCGCAGGGCCGCACUCGGGUCCGGAUGGCUGUUCAUCGAGACAGCCGGUGGCGUGCAUUCGCCUGGACCGUCCGGCACGCCACAGGCGGAUCUUUACGCCCCGAUGCGUGUGCCCGCUCUACUCGUCGGGGACUCGAAGCUCGGAGGCAUCUCCCAGACCCUGGCCGCCUACGAGUCGCUGAAGCUGCGUGGACAAGAUGUCGAGGCCAUCAUGCUGUUCCAGGAUGCUCAGUAUGAGAACCACCUCUACCUGCAGGACUACUUUCAACCAUCAAAUGUUCCGGUGUACACUAUUCCAAAGCCGCCACAGAGAAACACGGAUGAUCGGGCCGAACACAGGUCAAUGGGUGCCUACUACAAGCGAUUGUCGUCCGACGACUCGAUGCGCGACCUCCUUGCCAACCUGGACAAACGCCGUGAAGACCGCAUCAACCGGCUUGAGACCAUGAACCAGAAAGCCACCGACACUAUCUGGUAUCCCUUCACCCAGCAGAAACUACUGAGCGCCUCACAGAUUACGGCAAUCGACUCGGCGCACGGCGACUUCUUCCAGGUCCUCUCGCCCAAGGCAGCGUCAGAUGAGGCGCUCCUGCAGCCCGCCUUCGACGGAUCGGCGUCGUGGUGGACACUGGGCCUCGGCCACGGCAAUCCCAAGCUCACACUGGCGGCGGCGUAUGCCGCCGGCCGCUACGGGCACGUCAUGUUCGCCUCGUCCGUCCACGAGCCCGCUCUCGCGCUGGCGGAGACGCUGCUCGAGAACAUGCGGAACCCUCGCCUGGCGCGCGUGUUCUACUCCGACAAUGGCAGCACAGGCUGUGAAGUCGCGACCAAGAUGGCCCUGCGGGCAGCGAGGCUGCGGUAUGGAUGGUCUGCAAACGACAAGGUUGGCAUCCUGGGCCUGAAGGGGAGCUACCACGGUGACACGAUGGGCGCGAUGGACUGCUCCGAGCCCGGGGUGUUCAAUGAGAAGGUAGAGUGGUACACGGGUAAAGGCCACUGGCUUGACUUUCCGACUGUUCGAUGUCAUGAAGGGCAGUGGCAGGUCGAUAUCCCGGAGGCGCUCCAGGCGGAUCUGGGCUGCGGAGGAGAGACGUUUGAGUCACUUGACGAGGUCUUCAGGCUUGAUGAGAGGAUCGGCAGCGCCACUCACAAGGCUUACGAGGACCACAUCCUGCGCGAGCUACAGCGCCUUGUCUCUCGAGGGCACAAGUUUGGUGCUCUCAUGCUGGAGCCAGUUGUCCUCGGCGCUGGAGGGAUGAUUCUCGCCGAUCCGUUGUUCCAACGCACGCUUGUCGACGUAGUACGCUCAUCUGGCUCCCAGCUCUUCAGCACCUCCACCCAACACUCUCUGCCUGAUGACAGCCCAUCGAACACGGACUGGUCCGGCCUCCCCGUCAUUUUCGACGAGGUCUUCGUCGGGCUCUACCGCCUCGGCCGCUUCAGCGCAGCCUCCCUGCUCGGCGUGCACCCAGAUAUAUCGGUCCACGCCAAGCUCCUCACUGGCGGACUGGUGCCCUUGUGCGCGACCCUGGCGUCGGAGUCAAUCUUCGCGGCGUUCGAGAGCGACGACAAGAGCGAUGCGCUGCUGCAUGGGCACAGCUACACUGCUCACCCUGUAGGCUGUCAGGUGGCGCUCGAGUCGCUGCGCGAGAUGAACCGCAUGCGUGCGAGUGGUGAUUGGAGCUGGGCGUGGAGACCAUCCCAGCAGGAGCCCGAGCAGCGGCAGCAAUGCGCUAACGAGGCACCUCUGGUGUGGUCUGUAUGGUCAAGCGACUUUGUUGAUCAGGUCUCGCGUGUGGCGGCCCGCAUCGAGGGCGUGUGGGCGCUAGGAAGUGUCCUGGCUAUCACCCUGCGCGCGGGCGCCGGUGACGAAGCUGGCUCGGGAUACAAGAGCACGGCGGCGGCAGACCUCCAGGCACGACUGAGGAGCGGUGGCGACGAUGGGUCUUGGACCGCGCACACAAGAGUCCUUGGCAACGUGUUCUACAUCAUGGCGAGCCAGAAGACGGACAAAGCGACGGUGCGGGGGCUUGAGAAGCUCAUCGCCGAGGCGUUGUUGGAGUGAGUGGCUGAGUUGCACGGGCAGUGAGUCCCAGAGGUCCCAGAGGUCCCAGAGUUUCACCAAGCAUAAACCCUGCCGAAACAAUAGUCUGUUGUGACUCUUCUGCCGAUCAGCAACUAACGCUGUAUAUACCCUCGGACCAAUCCUGGUCGAGCGAGACCGAUCACCAACGAGAUUUAACGCUCUGCAGAUCAUGGAAAAUCUAUUAUGCGUCCCGAACAUUGAAAAUGAU